GACAGAAAACCUCAAUUUGUGCAUAUUCAUCUAUCGACAGCCGCGUUGGACUCGGUCCAACCGUAACACCGUUGUCAUGUCGACCGUGAAACACUAGCUAACCUACACCUUCAUAGGGCUGCCGGUGUGAAACCAUAAAUUAGGGUCAAAUUAAGACUGUCCAGUUCCAGACCGACCACAGAGCUGGCCUUCCUUACCAGCUUGUUAGGUCUCACCAGCCUUGAUGCCACCAACCCAGCACGCCACUGUAGAACAGAGAACAGAGCACUGGCUAUUAAUGACUGGUAGAAGAUCUGCAGGUUUGAUGCUAAUAGCUACUUCUGUCCUUUUAUGAUGUCCUUGUACACCAGUUAAGGUACCCCAGACUCAGAAAUGGAAGCACCUUGCAAAACAGAGACAUCCAGAAAGAAAACUUCUACUUUUGAGCUGCCCAGUGUAGCACAGCUUCCAGAGAGCACCAACUGCCUGGCGUGCUCAGAAGACGGCAGGUACCUCAGUCUGGGUCACUCCCAGGGCUUGUCUGUGUGGUGUGCAUCUUCUCUCAUCUGUCUUGCAGAGCGGCUGCAGGACAGCUUGGAAAUCACAUCUACUCAAAUGACCAGAAUGGCUGAGAAUACCUAUCUGCUUGGCACUGUUGAUGAUAUGGGUGUUGCCAGAGUCUUUGCAUAUCACUGUGAAGGCAUUCACCUCCUCUGUGUUAUUAACACCAUGGAGAAUAUCAACAAAAGGAGCAUUUGCUUGACCUUUGAACUAUCUGAGGGGGGAGAUUAUGGAGCUGCAUCAAUCAGCUGCAACGGCGUUCUUUGGCUCGAGGUCUAUCAUUUCCCCGCAGAAGCAUGGCUGAAGGAAUUGGAAUUGGCACUAUCACAAAAACAGGACCCAAACUUCUCUGGAGAUGUGGAUGUGAAAUGGUCUCCAGUCGCAGUCAAGAUAAAAAUCAAGCCACCCAAAAUACCAGCGGGGCUUGAGGUCUUGCAGAUGGCAGACUUUUUGACACACAGUUUGGCUCUGGACAGAGACACCAGCAGCUGUCACCAAUGGGAGGAACUUGGGUGUUUCAAUACAGAUGCAGGAAAAACAAUUGAAAGCCCAAGACGUUGCACCCACCACUUUCUUCUGCCUUGUGGUCAGUUUCCUGGUGAAAGUAAAGCAAAGUCUCAGCCAGCAGGAUUGCCUGUUGCUGUCUGUGUGUGGUGGAGUGGUAGCCAUAAUCUUCUUCAGUAUUUGCUGAAAAAAACACCUAAGAACAAACCAGAUGUGGAACCCAUGCCAGAUGUGUUGUGGCCAAAUGAACAGGAAAUCCUCUGCUCUGCUGUUAGUAGAUGCACCCAUUACAUAGCUCUUGGGCUCGAUGGCGCUUUGGUGUGUGUCUGGGACAGACAAUCUGGCUCUCCAUUGUGUGUUGUCUUAGUGUCAGCAGCAGACAGUGCCUUCUUCAGAAUGCAGUUUGUGGAUUAUUGGCCUGUGUCUGCUAAUGAUUCCCAGACUUUUACUGCAGCAAAAGUCCAUCUUUUGGUGCUGUGUAAAAGUGGAGCAAUUCAUACAGUAACCACAGGGCGAGGGACACAAUCCUGCACAAUGCAGCUGACUGAAAGGCCAAAAGACAGCAAGGACCUCCCAACUGUCACUAUAUCAGUGCCUUUCCUGCAGAGCUUGUCGCUUGUGGUGCAAAGAAAUGGAAAAAUGUUCCUCCAAGAUGUCAUCAACAAAACCACUGUGUGCUUCUUGAUUCCUCCCACAACUCAUGUGAUUGCUACUCCCUGCACUCCUGUUUAUGCUCUGAACACCAGACAGCAAACUCUGUUCAUAAAAGGUGACAAGGACCCCAGCUGCGGUGCUUCUUCUAAAGACAGAAGCCAGAGUCAACUUUUCAUCUUCUGUUUCGGAGAGUCUGACAUCAUUAAGGAGUACAAUGUUUCACAAACAAAAACAAAACAAAAAACAUGGAGCUGUGUCACUUUCGAGGAAACCUGCAAUUUCUACCUUCAGCAAAGAGCACUGUCUGUGGAUGAAAGGAACAAAGCAAUAAUGGAGACCUGGAAGCAGCUGCAGGAUACUGCAGUGAUGGUACAACAUAGACACAGCAGAGCUGCAGCCAGCUGAAGAACUGCAACAGAUUAAUUUCGGUACUUUUGUAUGUGUGCAUGUACAUUUUAAUUUAUAGCACCUUUACUGCUCUGCUCUCCUUGACACAGAUUAUUACACACAGAUGUAAUUUGCCAUGUGAAAUUGCAGCAAUUAGCGCAAUAUAGUGUAUAUGUUUUUUUUUUCCUUUUUGUUAAGUGAAUGGAUGCUGUUUAAACUAUGCAUUCCAGACUUGACAUCCCUUUCGCACCUAAUAAAGAUUAUAUACUGAGCAGUAAAUAAAGAAACAUUGCAAAUAA